AACAAAACUCGACGUUGAAUUGUCAUACAAAACCAAACGAGACCACAGCAGAAAAAGAACAGCCGGGAUUAUACAGAGAAACAUUGAAAAUUAUACUCUCAAGAUGGCAGACGUAAAAAAGAUUGUAUCGAUUGUCUUAAAGUUUGCUCAAAUUUGCCCGCUGGUAAUAGGAAUGGGCUUUAUGGCUCAUUUUACCAAGGAGUUCCGCGAUUUCAUGACAAGUUUGGGCGGUUCUUCUUUUGAUCCUUACGAUGCUGGCGCUUUUGGAAGAUACGAGUUUUACUUAUUCAGUGUUGGCGUUGGGAUUGGAAUUGCUGUUCUUGGAUUGAUUUGCACUUUCAGUGGAUUGAUGGAGAAAAAAUACGGCGCACUUUCUAUGACCGCACUGCAGGCGCUCUGGGCAUUCCACUUACUGGUAGCAACAUCUCUUCUGGCUAAAAGCUUGUCUACAUACGAGAAAGAAGAAGAUCAGGGAGAGACUACGUCGCCAUGCAAAAGUUGGGAAGUUUAUGGCAAGGAUUACGACUUCAACUGCGGUCAAAUAUAUGGCGCAGUGGCAUGUGGUUUCAUUGCAAUGGCAUUGUUCGCUAUGGACACGGUCAUGUCUAUGGUUGCCUUUAACCGGGUUCAUUUGUAACUCAGUUUAAAAAUCGCUAUUUCAAUAAAUAUAUAUGCAUGCUCUUUAAUGAAAUAGCUCGAUGAUAUACUGUAUACAACAUAGUUUAGUUUACAUCCGGUGUAUUUGUUGGCACUGUCUAGCCAACCUCGUCCCAAGGGUGAAGUUACUGCACAGUUUAGGCAGAAUUGUUUAGAAACAUUAAAUUACGAACGAAUAGUUAAGUAAAAUAGAGAGGAAUAAUUCCGUGUAGGUCAGCUGGAACAAUGAUUAUCAUACUCACACUUGAAGUAAAAUGAUAAUUGCAGUUUCUGUUGCGAGCUUAUAUAAGUGGUUUAUUUACUGGUCAGUUUGAAUGUAUUAAUACCUGAUUAAAUAUGCGAUAUAAUGGAUUAAAAAUCUUUUUUGUCCAGUGGA